CACCUUUCAGUUGUCGCCAACCGCCAUUAAAACCAAAGAAGAAGAAACCUAUCCGGUAGAGCCUCUUCCGGUUAUCGUACGUAGCCGUUGUGUGUCCGUGGUUUCUGUGAAGGUCGUGAAUACAACCGGUGAUCACCAUGUCUCUGCCAAAGCCUGUGAUGAGAGGGCUGCUGGGAAGGCGUCUGCGGUUCCACCUGCCAGUGGCUUUCACACUGGCAUUAACCGCUGCCAUUGCCUUUAAGUACACAGUGACUGAGCCCAGGAAACAGGCCUACGCCGACUUCUACAAGCAGUACGACGCUGUCAAAGAAUUCAACGCCAUGAGGGAAGCGGGCGUCUUCCAGAGCGCUCGACCCACUGGGGAGUAAACGGAAUAUGUAUGUUCCUGUUGUUCAUCGCUGUUGAAGCUGAAGGUCCUUUAAAUCCCCUGGUGUUAUUUACUGAUCAGAUGUGAGCAUUCCUAUGCUGUCAUAUUCCUCUAAAUUAAACUAUUCUAUUAAUGU